AUGAAUAGUUCUUUAGCUUCUCUUCCUCCGAUAGUAUCAGGAAACAUUGUUUCAUCCAUUCCUUCCCACUAUUUCAUGCUUACAAUCGCAUAUUCAGCCAUCACAGGAUCUACUGGAUCGUUUUUAUUUAUAUUCGUUGGCCAUUCUCCUUCACCAUCCUUUAGAUCUUUUACAGCAUUGUGUGUAGAAAUCUCUCUGGAUAAUAAAGCUAAGCUUGAGCACAUAAUUCGUUUAAAGGAUUCAAUUGAGGUGGUGAGACUCCUUUUGAAUCAAGGAUUGGCAUUUCGUGGACAUUGUGAAGAUGAAUCAUCAUUAAACAAGGGUAACUUUCUUGAAAUCCUUUCAUGGUAUGCGAAGCGGUGUGAUAAAAUUAGUGAUCUUGUUUUGAAGAAGGCUCCAAAAAAUGAUCAGUUGACUUCUCAUAAAAUUCAAAAAGAUAUUAUCACUGCAUGUAAGCUGGACACAAUUAAAGCUAUUAUGGAGGAUCUAAAUGGUGACUAUUUCUCAUUGCUAGUUGACGAAUCUUGUGAUGUGUCACAUAAGGAGCAAAUGGCAAUUGCUUUGCGAUAUGUUGAUAGAUGGGGAUCUGUGGUGGAAUGCUUUAUUGGGAUUGUUCAUGUUCGUAAUACUAGUGCUUUAUGUUUAAAAGAAGCAAUUGUUAACUACCUUGCUCAACAUUCUUUGAGUUUAUCUAAUAUAAGUGGACAAUGCUAUGAUAGAGCAAGCAAUAUGAGAGGGCAUCUAAGUGGCCUUAAAAUUUUGAUUCAACAAGAAAGUAGAUCAGCUUAUGCGAUUCAUUGUUUUGCUCAUCAACUUCAGUUGACUCUUGUCAGGGUAUCUAUAAAAUGUCUUCCAGUUGGAGAACUUGUAUUGUUGGUUUCUAAUGUCUUAAGUGUAGUGGGAGGUUCUUUUAAACGCAUGGAUGAACUUCGAGAAUCUCAAGCAGAAAAAGUUUAA